GGCACGGUUGAUGUAUACCUUCUUUCCAAUAACGUCAUCCAAACUACGUGUCGUGGUAUGUCGGACACGUGAUAUCGGAUGGAUUUUAAUUCAAUUUUUCUGAAGUGUUUUCUGAAGAAUUUUCGAAGUUUUCCUUAGCUUAAUUUUCAAAAGACUGCGUUGAAAAGGAAUUAGAAAUGGCAAAGAGGACACAACCAGGUUGGCAGCUGCCAGAUAGGAAGGACGCCACGGUGCUGCGAUUAUACAACAGUUUGACCAGAGAAAAGGAGAUAUUUGUCCCACAGUUUGGAAAUCGCGUUCUGUGGUACAGUUGUGGACCUACUGUUUAUGAUGCAUCGCACAUGGGCCAUGCAAGAGCAUAUAUAUCUUUGGAUAUUCUGCGUCGUGUACUGUCAGACUAUUUUGGCUAUGAUGUCUUAUAUGUGAUGAACAUUACUGAUAUAGAUGAUAAGAUUAUAAAAAGAGCAAGGCAAAAUUAUUUGUAUGAAAAAUACCUGGAAGAAAAUCAUGGCCUUAAUAAUGUACUAGAUGACGCUAAAGAAAUAAUGUCUAAAUUUGAAGAUGUUGUACGAACUACAAGUAGUGCUGAUAAGAAGUGCAUGUUGGAAAAAAUGCUGUAUAAAAUAACGGCAGCCAUUGAAGAUCUGCAGAAGGCAGUGAAAGAGAAGGAUGAAAAGAAGAUUGCAGAAUUUCAAGAAGCAUUAUUGAGAGAGGCUAGAGAUCCUUUAGCCAAUUGGUUAGACGAGAUAAAAGGUAGCACUAUCACGGAACACUCCAUAUUUAAUAAAUUAUCGCAACAUUGGGAAGCUGAAUUUCAUAAAGAUAUGGAUGCUUUAAACAUAUUGAAACCAAACGUGCUCACAAGAGUUAGCGAAUAUAUACCCGAGAUAAUAACAUUUGUACAACGAAUAAUAGACAACGGACUUGCUUACGAAAGUAAUGGAUCGGUAUAUUUUGACGUGGGCAAGUUUGAUAAACAAGAGAAACAUUCUUACGCUAAGCUUGUACCCGAAGCGUACGGCGAUACGUCAAGCUUAGAAGAGGGAGAAGGCGAUUUGAGCACUACUGCAGAUAAGCUCUCUGAGAAGAGAUCGGUGACGGACUUUGCGCUCUGGAAAAGUUCAAAGGCAGGUGAGCCCUGGUGGAAUAGUCCUUGGGGCAAAGGACGUCCAGGAUGGCAUAUUGAAUGCUCGGUUAUGGCGUCUGCAAUUUGCGGAGAGAGCUUGGACAUCCAUACAGGCGGGGUAGAUCUGAAAUUUCCCCAUCACGAUAACGAACUCGCGCAAGCGGAAGCGUAUUUCGACAAUUCACAUUGGGUCAGGUAUUUCUUGCACUCCGGCCACUUGACCAUAGCUGGCUGCAAGAUGUCGAAGUCGCUGAAGAACUUUGUAACGAUACAAGAUGCUUUAAAGAAAUAUUCGAGCAGGCAGCUCAGAUUUGCCUUUCUUCUGCAUUCAUGGAAAGAUACGUUAGAUUACAGUGACAAUACUAUGAAUAUGGCUAUACAAUAUGAAAAAUUUCUUAACGAAUUCUUUUUAAAUGUAAAAUGUAGAAUUAGAAGUUUGGGAACGUCUACUACUAUCAACAGUUUUAUUAAGUGGUCUUACUCCGAAAUAGAACUCGAUAAAAAAUUUCAUCUUGCAAAGCAUUCUAUACAUAAAGCAUUAUGCGACAAUAUCGAUACGAGGACUGUUCUCGAUUUAAUACGAGAGCUCGUGGCAAAUUGCAACGUGUACAUGAGUCAAAGUAAAAAUCCAAAUACACUUCUUCUUAGGGAUAUCGCCGUGUAUAUUACGAAGAUGUUUGUUAUAUUUGGGACUAUUUCCUCUUCAUACGAUUCAAUCGGAUUUCCAAUUGACGAUGAGGCAGUCAGUACAAAUGUUGAAGAGACUGUUAUGCCGUAUCUUGAAAUUCUGGCGAAUUUCCGGGAGAAAGUCCGAAAUUGUGCGAAAACCUUGAAGGCAAACGAUAUCUUGCAAGAGUGCGAUCGAUUACGCGAUGAUAUUUUGCCGAACGUUGGUGUGCGGUUGGAAGACGACAAUGAAGGGGAUUGUAAAGUAAAAUUAGUUAACAGGGAAGAGUUGUUGAGGGAAAAAGAAAUUAAGAAGAAAUUAGAACUUGAGAAAACCUUAGAGAAGAAGAAAAGAAAAGCGGAGGCUGCUGUCGCGGCAGCAGUAAAAGAAGCACAGAAAAGAAUAUCGCCAAGUGAUAUGUUCAGAUUGGAGAAAGACAAAUAUUCGCAAUUUGAUGAUAAGGGAUUGCCGACGCACGAUGCUGAAGGUAAAGAAAUUAGCAAAGGCUUACUCAAGAAGUUGCAAAAGUUACAGCAAGCGCAGGAAAAGAAAUAUAACGAAUAUUUAGCUUCCACGCAAAAUGGUCACUUAUAAGAUCCUUACAUGUAAGAAAUUAUCUUGAUUUAUUUAUGAAGUUGUAUAAUACUUCAAUAACUAAAUGUCUCUUUCGCAUUACAAAGAAUAAUAAUAAUUUUCUUUCUUGAAAGUAUUGAAGAAUAUCUAAAUUACGUUGAUGAUCUAUAUAUGAUAUGUCAAUAUAAUGUCAAAUGAGUCUGAAUAUAUAUCUAAUAUUUGAAUUAAUUGAUACGAAACUCUUUCUAAAGCUUUGUUCUAAAAGCUUUGGCUGUAAGAGAUUAAAUUUAAACGCGAUUUCUUAUCAGUAUCUUUUCUCUAUGAUUAAGUAUUUUUAGUUAUUGUCGUUAAACUGUUUAAAAUUAUUUUGUAAUCUAUUUAUUGUAUUGCCUCGAAUUAAUAUAGGAAUUCCAAUAUCGUAAUUUAUCAUUAUUAAGGUGAGCCAAUUUUAUAAGGUUUUGUGUAUUUGUAAUGCCUAUUACAAUAAAUGUGUGUGACUUCAUAUUAAGUUUUACUGAA